AGAGAGAGCUUUGGUCUGUACGCCCUCUUCAGCAAAAACAAACCCCAGUCAGACAGCUUACUCAUCAACCACGGCCAUGACUUUUUCAAGCAAAAACAGCUGCAGCUGGGGGACAAGAUGGACCUGUCUUCUUACCUGCUGAAGCCGGUGCAGCGGAUCAGCAAGUACAGCCUACUGCUGCAGGACAUGGUGAGGGAGUGCGGGCCCCACAGGAGCCGUGAGGAGGCCGAGGUCCAGCACGCCCUGGAGGUCAUCCAGUUCCAGCUACGGCAUGGCAACAACCUGCUGGCCAUGGACGACAUCCAGGACUGUGAUGUGAGUGAGGAUUGGGGAAGAGGGGAUUGGAGGGAGAGGUAGAAAAGGAGGACUGAAGAGUAACAAUGUAAAUAAUGGCACUGGAGGAGAUGGCUGCCGUUUUACAGGCCCCGAACCAAUUGUGCUAUUUUGUGU